AGUCAACCUCCAACAAAACCCGUUGGAUAAAUGGUUUCCCGUUUGGUCAAAUAAAGUACUAUCCCAGAUCGAGCGCCGUGACACUGAUAACGACUUUGAAAGUCGUUGGAAAGCGCACGUGAGCACCCGAUUCGCAACCCAAUCCAUCCCGUUCAGCGCCUCGCAGAUUCUCACGGGAAAUGCCUGAAGGCGCACCCGCCGCGGCCGGCGGCCAGGCCGCUGGCCAGCCGGAACAGCCACAGGAAGGUUCCACCUUCAGGAAGAUACUGCAGAUGGUGGCCAUGUGGGUGGCCAUGCAAUUCGUCAUGAAGCAGUUUUUCCCCGCGAAUAGCGCUCCCAAGAUUACCACGGACGCAGACGGCAAGAUGGUCGAGAUCCCCACCAGCACGGGCAAAAUACCUGCCUACCAUCUGCGUCCCUCGAAGCUUGACGAAGGGGCUACCUACAACACUCUCCCGCAGCGCGUCGCUCCGAUUUGGGACGAGCCGAACAAGGUCGACGUCAUUAUCACUGUUUCCGACUCGUUCAUCCCCACUCCACUCUCGUCGAUAUCUAAGGACAUGAUUGUGUUUGAGGAGAAGGACUUUGGCAUUGGAAACUUCAGUGACAAGCGCGUGGCCGAGGCUACCAUUGCUGUUCCCGAGGCUGUUCAGCGCAACGGAACUCUCUGGGGCCAUUUUUACGUCGGACUCCCAGGCAGCGUUCUGGACCCCGAGCAGAAGGGCUUCGAUCCGGCCACGGCAUACCAUUUUAUUUACCCCUUUACCCAGCACAUCCCCAAGAAGAAGGAGAAGAAACUCAAGAGCCUUUUAGGGAAAAAGGAUGAAGCCAAGGUGGACAUGGAAGAUGCGGAAGAGGAGGUCGAAUUCUCGGGUCCGGUCGUUGGAAACUACUUCCACCCCAACAUGAGCCUGUCAUUUGUACCCGGGAUGGGUGUCCUCGGCUUGUCCCAAACUCAUGUCGCCAUACGCCAGUUCCUCCACCUCGAGCCCACCGGCGCACGAGACGGGACUGGGCAGAACUCAUGGUAUUACCCGAUUCUUUUCGUCAACACCUUCUGGCAGCUCAAGGCGCACAUGACGCAAAUCAACGAGACCGUCAAGACGCUCCCGAUACGUAUUGAUCUGAACAACCUUGCUCCCUGGAAGUUCCAGACAAUGGCUUCCAUCGAGUUGAGUGCACGGGAAUCAGCGCGCACAGCAGCUUACGGCGGCUCCUUGCCCGGUGGAGGCGAUGGCACCGAGAUUGAGAUGGUUAAGGAGAUUCUUCUUGACACCAACCCGAUCUUGCUGGCGAUCACCUCCGUGGUGACAGUCCUCCACCUGAUCUUUGAGACUCUUGCUUUCACCUCGGAUGUGCAACACUAUCGCAAGAAGAAGGACAACAUUGGAAUCUCUGUUCGCACCAUCCUUGCCAACGUGUUCAUGCAGGCUGUUAUCUUCUUGUACCUGGUGGACAAUUCCCAGAACACAAGCUGGAUGAUUCUUGGCUCCCAGGGUGUCGGCAUUCUCAUUGAGCUGUGGAAGGUAACAACUGUGGUCAACGUCCGAGUGCGUGCUGCACCUCCAGGAGCUUUGAUUCCGUACCGCAUCACUUUUGAGGACAAGCACAAGCUCAGUGAAACCGAGGAGAAAACCAAGGAGUACGACGAAAUCGCUUUCAAGUAUAUGUACAUGGCCGGCGUCCCUCUGCUGCUUGCUUAUGCCACGUACUCUGUUAUCUACGAAGAGCACAAGUCCUGGUACUCGUUCAUCAUUACGACUCUGGUGGGAUCGGUGUACGCCUAUGGCUUCUUGAUGAUGGUUCCGGCGCUCUACAUCAACUACCGGCUCAAGAGUGUGGCACACAUGCCAGCCAAGGCCAUGACGUACAAGUUCCUCAACACCUUUAUCGACGACUUGUUUGCAUUCACCAUCAAGAUGCCUAUCCUGCACCGACUGGCGACAUUCCGCGACGACAUCAUCUUCUUUGUGUAUAUUUACCAACGAUGGGCUUACCGCGUCGACUACACUCGUGUCAACGAGUUCGGCCAGGGCGGUGACGAUGAUGCACCAGAGCAGGUGAAGAAGGACGAGGGCAAGUCUCUGCCCCCGGCUGUGCCUGACGUUGGCGCACCGGUGGCCGAUUCAGGCAUCGCCAAAGGAGCCACAGGCUCAGACGCCCGUUCGGGCAAGGCGACCAAAAGAAAAUGAAUCUUCAGAGCAGCCUCUGUAGACAUGCAUGGGACUGACUGACACCUUAAAGAGAUACAAGAUUAGCGCUGGAGAGUCAUCAUAGCAAAUAAAAAGGAGUCUGAUUUGAAGUUGUGUGACGAUUCACGAGACGUGAGGAUUGACGCCAGAUCAGCGGUGCCAAGUUGAUUAGUCUCUGGGUAGACGUAACGAGUGCAAAAGUCAUACAUGCAUGCAUACCCAGCUGCGGCGAUGGCACUUGGCGACACGACAGGCAGGAGGGAGAGGGUAGUAAGUCGCAAAAGUCAUUCCUAGGCCCAAUUGUUAUUAAUCAGCCACUUCCGUCGAUCAACAAGGUAGUUAUUGUUGUAGCCAGACAAAUAUGGUAUCACAGGGGUGCGAUCGGCAUACCCUCUCCACACGUUUGUCUGGUUUUCUUUGUUCCUCAUUCAUGGCAGAAGCACAGGUUUGGAACCACGCACGCCGUUGGGGUCGGUUUUGUUCACAAUUAUUCACCAAGCCCACGUUUACCAAUGACAAAACACAAAGUUUGGCCGAGCUCGCUCCGAAGGUCGGGUUAGCUCGAUCGGCCAGCGCCACGGUCCGGGAUGGGUAGAGUCUGGAAAAAGAAAUGGAAGCGUCUGUGACGCCGCAGCCUCAAAGGCAGAAUAACAAGAUUAAAAACAAAAACAAAAUAAUCCACGGCUAGGGCUGAAGCGAAGGAGCAGACGGGGAAUUGUCCCGUAUCAUUUAUGACGAAUCAGUGGGUUACUCUUGUUCACGGGCCUUUUUCAUGGAAUCAUCUUGUUUCCACUGUUCAUCUGAAACCCAGCGUUUUCUUUUUGCUGGGUCUACAUAGUAAACAUGCGGGAGCAUUUACCAAUAGUUUAGAUCAGCCAUCCAUGACUUUCUGGUGAUGGUUCAUCCCACUACUACAUGAGAUGAGGAUGAUAAUAAAAGUAAAUUGCUAUUCGA